CACGUGAAGGGCAAACAUGGCGGCUCCCAGAGGAAGACCGCCCACGUUGCAGUGAGUGUGAGCAGCAGUGGAGGCAGCUCCGCGGCUUCUUCACGACCGGAUCGGAGCACCAGGCCUCAAGAUGGAACAUAAUCAAGACAAUACAGAAAGAAGAUUAAGAAUCAAUGAAAUCAUAGCCAGAAAAGUGGCACAACUUCCAGAAUCAGAUCAGAAUUUACUUAUGACUGGAUCAGCUUAUGUUGGACUAAACGCAGCUUUUUGUGGCUUAAUAGCAAACAGUUUUUUCCGACGCAUCUUAAAUGUGAGACAUGCUCGCAUAACAUCAGCUUUACCAAUGGCUGUUCUCCCAUUUUUGUCAACCUACGUAACUUACAGAAGUGUUGUAAGUUUACCUUUGAGUUCAGGUGAUCUAAGCUGUGAAGCCUGUACUGUUAUAAGAGGUGGAAUGGUUGGUCUCAUAAUCGGGGGUUUCUAUCCUGUUGUUUUGGCUAUACCAAUAAAUGGUGCUCUGGCAGCCAGGUACAGUUCGGCUCCACUACCACAGAAAGGAAAUAUUUGGACCUACUGGAUCACAGUCUCUCAACCUGUCUUUAGAAAAAUGGUCUUUCCUAUAAUGCUGCAGACUAUGUUUGCAGCAUACCUUGGUUCUAAACAGUACGAAGUACUCAUAAAAGCAUUUGAAUUACCUGAACCUUAAAAUAAAUCAAGUGCACAGCUAAAAGGUUAAAAUUAUGUAAAAAUAAGAUACUAAUACCCAACAAAUAUACAAAUAAAAUUGUACUUAUUGCAACUUACUGUGACUUUACAUCUAUUACCUGAAGCUAACACAUCAAAAAUAGUGCCUAAAGUCAGGAAACACUACUGCUGAACAAAUUAUCUACAAGUUGGCUCAGUUACUAAAACCUGUGGUCCCUUUCAAAAAUAACUGAUACAGGUAACAUUAAAUUUAGGGAGGAAAGCUACCAAAUUAUUAGAGGUGAAGAACUAUCCUUUUUUUAAAAAAACAAAAAGUUUAAUACAGUUUUCUCAUUAAUUUCUCAACCUGGAAAAGUAAAAGUAUAAGAAAACACUACAUAGCCACUCUUACCGCUUACAAAAUCCAUCUCCUUUCACCUACUCAAAUUGUUUCUAAAGCUUGUAAAAAAACAGUUUUUUCCUCAAGAGUUGGAAGAGGUCUGGGAGGUCCAACUGCUUUAAUAUCCCUACCAAAGCAAAAAAAUACAAAUACCUUUGAUACCCUGAAAAGAAUGCUUUAAUCAUGGGGAGCUCACAGAAAGGCAGCCCAUUACAAUUUUCUGGAGAGCUCUAAUAAAGUUAGACAAAGUCAAAAUAUGCUUCCUACAUAUUUCUCUGUUCUCUCUAGAAUACAAGAUAACAAACCUAUUCUAUCUUUCAAAUAACAUUUCCCCAAAUCUCCAGUUUUCAUAGCACUACAUCCUAUUCACUCUGUUUAAUAAAGCUGCAUGACACAUGAAAGUAUUAGAUUCACAUUACUAGGGACAACUCAUCUAUUCCCUACCCUGCUACUAAAGGUCAGAGUUACUAAAUUUUCUAGCCCUUUGGCAUAUUAUUACUAUUGCAAAACAGAGAUAGCUAUAGUAAUUUCAUAGGGUUAUUAUAAGGCUCAAAUAAAACACUUCACAAGUUUUCUUCAGUACUAAUGCUGAUAAAACAGAACAUUAAUGUAAAUUUUUAAGGAAGUUAACAGCAAGAAGAUGCUGCCGUGCCUGCUUACUCAGUGUAGAAGGCAGGAUUUGGAAAAAAAAUUUAAAAACCAGUCAAAUAGAAAGAAAUUGCAGCUCUAGUAAAGGGAUAAAUUUCUAAAAGUCAGACGGAGGCAGAAUAAUUUCCUUUUUUAAAAAGGGAAAGUUUUGUUUUUUUAAAGAUUACUGAAAGUCAAUUGGUUUUUAGUUUUAUUUUUUUUUUUUUUAAACAAACACCCCCAUGACAUUGAGGUCAAAUCAAGGAUCCAUGAAUCUUAUCUUUAAAGCUCCCCCCCUUUUUUUUCCAGCAGUUUUCUCAAAACAGACAUUACUAUUUAAAGUCUAAAGCCAUGAUUGACAAACUGAAUGAAACUGGCAGAACUACCUGUUAAAUCAUUUAAAACUAUCUUGAAAACUAUUCAAAUUCUUUAAAAACCUUUACUACAUAUUGCUGUCUUAUGUCUUACACAUAUUUGUAUCUCCCCUUCAUGGUGCCAGCAGAGGUCUUGUAUGUAAUCAGUGCUCAAUAAAUGUUUCCAUCAAUUUAAA